CCUCCUCCUCCUCCUCCUCCUCCUCCUCCUCCUCCUCCACAAUCCUCUUCGUCACCCUUGUAGGCAGUCUCGUUUCAACUGCCGUCUCUUCUACCGCCGCUCUUUCCCGUUGACGACCUUGAAUUGCGACAUUCUGUACAUCACCGCCCGGCCCACCCCAACCAAUUCACCGACGCAACGCAACGCGGCGCAUACACACCGAUUCACCAUUUGAGAAGGCGACAUCCUUGCGCCUUCAUAUCCCCGCGCAGCGUCCACAGCUGUCAUCUUCGUGCUUAGACAAUCUAUGCCCUCACAUCGAUAGUCAGCCCCAGCUUCCCGCGAGCGCGCCUUGAGCGCAAAAGAGUCCUCAACCACCUGCAGCCAUGCGCUUGCUCAGUUUUCGCGCCGCCCUCAUAACCUCCGUGAUCUUCAUAAUCACAAUUGGCGGCCUGCUCACCCAUUAUGCCACACAGCCUAUGACGGCAGAGGCCUUGGAGGACGGCGAGUGGAUAGCGACGUCCAAGUCGGCCAUCGAUCGAGCUGUGUGCCGCUGGUUCGGUCUAUGCGGCAUCGCACAUGUUUGGCAGAAAUCACGGUGGAGAAGCGUGCCCGGAGAAACGUACAGUCCACCCAAGAAGCCGAGAAAUUCGUCCGGCUUUUGGGACUCUGGCGACGAAGAUGAGAGACUGUGGACCACCUCGGAACGCAUCCUCCGCGAGAUCCCGCAGUACGUCAUCGACCACGCGCCUUACGUGCAUCUGUAUUCCGGAGAAGAAUUCUGGCCCAGCGAUAUUGGCGACCAUCUGGUACACACGACGCCACACGUCAACUACACACCCGUCGAUGUAGACAUGCGUCGUCCGAAUCUGUCGAACCUUGACAAUCUCAACAAGUACGGCAUACACACCUUUCUGAAGAGCGACGACAACGUCGAGCAGAGGCCGGAAUGGCUAGGGUCGAAGUACAACAUUCCAGAGGCGUCGCACGAACAUGUUCCCGAGAGUGUCCGGUUUCCAGGCCGUCAGGGCCACUGGCGAUGGCAUCCGUUCCCUGGCAUUCGCGAAGACCCAGACUUUGACAAGUGGUGGAGCCCCAACACGACCACGCCAGAUGGCCACAAGAUCUGGCAGGAAUCGGCGUCGGGUCAGGCAGAAGCUCGUCUUCACGACUAUCACUCCGCAAGCGUUUUCAAAUCUGACUUGAAGAAGCGGACAACACGCGAGCCGAGAGCAGGUGGCCGUAGUGACGCACCGGUGAUCAUGCUCGUGGUCGACAAAGGAAACGACGUCGUCGACGCGUUUUGGUUUUAUUUCUACAGCUACAACCUUGGCAACAAAGUCUUCAACAUCCGAUUCGGCGACCACGUCGGCGACUGGGAACACACCUGUAUCCGCUUCUACAAAGGCAAACCGAAAGCGAUCUUCCUCAGCGAGCACGACGGCGGCGCGGCGUACGCCUGGGAAGCCGUCGAGAAGAUCGGUCAGCGGCCCGUGACAUAUUCUGCGACAGGAACCCACGCCAUGUACGCCACGCCUGGCGUGCACACAUACGUCCUGCCUUUCGGCCUUCUGCAUGACAUCACCGAUCGUGGACCCCUCUGGGACCCCGUGCUCAACAUGAAGUCCUACACGUACGACUACAAGAAGGAUUUGCUUCGUGCCUCGACGCUCAACCCGACCGCGCCCACGAGCUGGUUCUACUUGUGGGGCCACUGGGGCGACAAGUUCUAUCCUCUCGACGACCCGCGCCAGUACCGUUUCGCGGGCCAGUAUCACUACGUCAAUGGUCCGCUGGGCCCUCGCUUCAAGAGCCUGGACCGCGCGCUCAUAUGUCAGAUCGCCAAUCGCAAGCCCUGCCACAUCCAGUACUGGAUCCAGGAGCGCAUCUACCUCAGCUCGGGCCCUUUGGCCGGCAAGGGCGACGAGCACGACGGCAACUCGGACCAGUAUCUUGGAAAACCUUGAAACAAAUAUCCGCCUUCCCGGCAUUAUGUUCAUACUCCAAACUCCUUAACCCAUUCCUAUUCUCCAUCUCGCUUUAUUUCGGCAACGCCACACAGCACGAACUCUGUCCGCCUUCCACAUUUCUCUUUUGUUCUUCCCCCUUUGUUCGGGCUUCCGACGCUCAUUCAUGAUACCACCUAGACGACCAGGAACGGAGUUUUAAGACCUUUUGUUGUCGUUGUUUUGUUUUUUGAUGGUCCAUUUUUCCCUCCCCUUGUUAUUGGAUAGAUGAGAUAAGAUUAGACAUCCUGUCUGGCUUUUCCGCGUCGGUUGAAACCCUACUUAACGAAGAGAGGGAGGCGGAACCACUUCGGGAGACGGCGAGCGUGAGAGAAGUGGCUGUGAUACCCAAACGGCAUGCACGGCGUUUUUUUUUUCCACCACUAUUUUGACUGAAUGAAUGGAUCAGGUUUCCAAAGAGGAGAUGGGGGACCGGAGCGCUUGGUAGGCUCUACGAGCUUCAUUAGAAUACAAGAGCUGUAGCCGAAAGAGAAUCUGAAUUCAUCGGCAUCCUGCAAAGAACAAUUGAAAGAAACCCUCAUCGUCCCAACCUUG